CUGGACGUGCUGGUGGCUCUGUCCCAGAGCAACGAGCGGGGCCAGGUCUGCUACCAGGAGCUGGUGGACCUGGUCAGUGCCCUGAGGGCAAGCGGGGAGCCCAGACCUCCAGACAGCACCCUGGCCGGGAGGGGUGGCCAGGGAGCCCCUUCUGGCCACCCAGCCCAGUGUGGAGGUGGGCAGACAUGAGGGCUAGGCAGCAUGGCGGGUGGCUGGGUGUCCCGUCCAUACUCGGGCCGUCGUCCUCAGGUCAGCAGCAAGCGCUCCAGCAGCUUUAAAAGGGCCAUCGCAAACGGCCAGCGGGCACUGCCUCGGGACGGGCUGCCCGACGAGCCGGGGCUGGGCGUCUACAAGCGCUUCGUUCGCUAUGUGGCCUACGAGAUCCUGCCGUGUGAGGUGGACCGGCGUUGGUACUUGUACCGGCACCGCAGCUGCCCGCCCCCGGUGUUCAUGGUCUCAGUCACCCUUGCCCAGAUCAUCGUGUUCCUGUGCUAUGGGGCGCGGCUCAACAAGUGGGUGCUGCAGACUUACCACCCUGAGUACAUGAAGAGCCCCCUGGUGUACCAUCCCGGGCACCGCGCCCGCGCCUGGCGUUUUCUCACCUAUAUGUUCAUGCACGUUGGCCUGGAGCAGCUGGGGUUCAACGCGCUCCUGCAGCUGAUGAUCGGCGUGCCCCUGGAGAUGGUGCACGGACUGCUCAGAAUCAGCCUGCUCUACCUGGCCGGGGUGUUGGCAGGUGAGAGAAGAGCGCGCCCCUUCCCCACCCUGCCUUUGGCUAGAUCCCUCACGACCCCUCUGCACUCACACAGGCUCCCUGACGGUUUCCAUCACCGACAUGCGGGCACCCGUGGUGGGGGGAUCCGGAGGGGUCUACGCCCUCUGCUCAGCACACCUGGCCAACGUUGUCAUGGUAACGGGGAACUGGGCCGGGAUGCGCUGUCCCUACAAACUGCUGAGGAUGGUACUAGCCCUGGUGUGCAUGAGUUCAGAGGUGGGCCGGGCUGUCUGGCUGCGUUUCUCCCCGCCACUGCCUGCCUCCGGUCCACAGCCCAGCUUCAUGGCGCACCUGGCUGGUGCAGUAGUAGGUGUGAGCAUGGGCCUGACCAUCCUGCGCAGUUACGAGGAGCGUUUGGGGGACCAGUGUGGCUGGUGGGUGGUGCUGCUGGCUUACGGCACCUUCCUGCUGUUUGCUGUGUUCUGGAACAUCUUUGCCUAUGACCUGCUGGGUACCCACAUGUCCCCGCCACCCUGAUGCCCAGCCAGGGAGUGGGGUGAGGGUGCUGCCAGGGGCUGCAUGUCCACCCUCCGUGAAUGUAUGUCGCCCCCUCGGGAGCGAGUGGUCCCCUGGCCCCACCAAGUCCGGCCAAGCCUUACACCAAUUCUGAUGUCCCUCCCAGGCCUGAGGAAGUGGGGCUGGAUAGGAGGAGGUCCCCAAGGGAGGCCCAGUGGGGCCCAUGCCCUGCCAGGCUAAGGACUUGCUGUCUGAGCCUUUUUGGAGAAUGAAUAAAUAUUUUACACAGGA